CAGAGUAUAUGUAUUGUGCUGCACCUCCAUAUUGUAAACUUAUCCAUCUCAAAUGGCAUUUUCCUGUUGACGAGUGUGCACAACUGGCAAGGGAGAGGUUGAAGGCCAUUAAACACACUCACAACCUCUUCAAACUGCAGCAGGUCCUUUUCAUAGCAGCCCUGAGGUCACACAAGCGUGUUCAUGAUAGGACAGAACCAGUGGCAACAGUCAUGCAGGUGAGACCAUCUCUCAACAGUCAACAGUUUUCCUCACAGGUCCUUUUAAAAAUAAUAUACCCAUCCCUUAUUGCACACAUUCAAGGGUACAUGGAGCACCAUUGUAUUAAUGCCACAGAUCUACACAUUUUCACCCUCUUCUUGAAAAUUGUGGAGGAGUAGACGGCUGUUCUGAGGCUCCUGAAGGGCAACAACCAAAGCCCUGGAGGUGUCAUCCUAGACACUUACAGGUUGCUUCUCAGCUACAACAUCAGCAAACUGCAGGCCCAUUACCCACAUGAUAAAGUGAAUCGACUGAGCUGUGACGAGGCCAGGAACUACUACAGUGGUGUGGUAAGCCUUAUCCCACUAGCACUGGAGCUACUGCAAAGGAUGGCCAGUUCCUACACCUACUGCGGCCAGGACACCACAUCUGCUGGGAAUCCUAAUGUGGAUGUGCUUGAGUCCUCAGGACAGCGAGGUGGGACGGCUGGUGUGGGAGACGUGUCUUUCAGCCUGACUGGGUACGCUACUGGUGCUCAUAACACUAAGAAGACCCAAGCUAAGAGAACAGGCGCGUGGCAUGCAAUCAAGCCAGCCUGGAGACCGCCGGGCCUCACCACCAGGAUUAGGCCUUUUCCUCUAUUUUACAUAAAUCAGCAUUGCAAUAAAGUUUGUUUCUCUUGGUUCGAUUUGUGAUCAACUAUUACUCAGAACUUGGCAACCAUAUUACACAAUGUUUCAUACAACAGACAAACAGGACAAAUAGUCUUCAACACCAUUUGCAUUUUGAGACAUAAGUGACUUCCAUCAAAACAAUGCGGUGGCAUUUCUAAACCCCACUGACACUGUAGAAUAAGACGGUAAAUAACUAUCUCGGCGUCCAUAACCAAAUCUUGUUAAAUUACCAUGUAGCAAUGUGUGUGUGCUCUCGGCAAACUGAAAAAAAAGAGACAAUGCAAAAUAUUUGUAUUGAUUUAUAUUCAGUUCAUUUUUCCCCUUUUUGUUUUCAGAACAUUUGUAAUCAGAACUGUCUUAACAUACCGUCAGAUUCACUGUACCAUAAACACCAUCGGGAUGAGGAAACUAACAUUGAUUUACAUGCUUGACAACAAAAGAUGUGGGGGGAAAAAAGGAACACUUGAAUUGACACCAGGAUCUUGGACAGAGACCAUGCUUUGAGGAUAACAGCUGGAGAUGGGUAAUACUGACUUCCAUGGAUAUGUGACUUACAACUGACUAGCUUUGCAAGCCCUGAUCCUGAGUAGGGGAUGGAACAAUAAUGAUUGUCACCUUAGAUGACAAUUGACUAUAUGGCAACAGAAACUCACAAUAUGUCCAUGUUAAGAACUACAAUGUGACCUGAUUCACUUUAAAGGCAUUGGGUGAGAAAGGACCUCUAUGAAGAGGGACAUAUACCUGGCAUAGCUUCAAUGCCAAGACAUCAAGAGCGCCAUCAGAGUCCCACUGCAGGAAUUCUGGCAGUUGUGUGCAGCCAUCAAGGCACUGAAUAUCCAAAAGAACAGUCCUCACAGGCCUCUAGCCUAGACAAAAUAAUGCAGUGAUCCACAUCAACUUGAUCAAUAAACCCCCAAAAUCAAGAUGGAUGCUACGUGGCACAUUUAACUCAAGAGAAUGUAUGAGAAUUAACAAGCUCUGGUCUAGGGUGUUAUUGCACGUUCCUUCACUACUGCAGGAACACGACCUGAGCUAGAGAUUUAGCUUAAACCUAGGCAAGAUGCGUUAUUGCUGUAAAACUUCAUUGUAUGGUGGGAUCAUGCCCAUUGAAUCAACAAGACAAAAUAAAAUUGUUACUUGAUACUCUUUAAGCUCUCUUUAGCUGGUUAUAAAUUAUAACUAAUUAUUGCAAUAACUUCAGUACCUAUUUGUAGAGCUAUAUGUGUUAAAACAAGAGGCACUCAGUGUUUUGGGGAGGGAAAUGUGAUGGAACAACUCAAAAAGUGUUCUGAAAAGCUGAGGCUGUGAGGCCUUUGACCAAGCAGCAAAAAAACAAGAUGAAUCCAUUUGAGAAAAGUAUUGCACUUGUGAGUAGGACCCUCCGAACCCUACAGAAAGUUCAGGCCAUUCUAGAUUGGGGUGUGCCAAAACCAUAAAUAAAUAGCUUAUUAAAACAUCUAACAAAAGAUUCUUGCUCGUUUUCCUGUUGCUGUUAUUCGUUUUACAUCACACAGACCGACGUAGCCUCAAUAUAUAGAUUUACACACCCAAUAGACCAAUUCUGUGUGAUAGGACUUGCCAUAAGGAAUCCAUGUUAAGUUCACUCUUGAAUACUUUUUGUUCACUCUUGCUCCCCCUAAUGGAUACAUAUAGCAGUGGCCCUUCGACAGAAUACAUUAAAAAGCUAAUUAU